AUGUCCACAAUCAGUCGUUCUGUUGUUUGUCCAACAGCGGGUUCGCGGAAUCUGGCGAUCUUAGCGGCAUACGAGGACAGACAGGAAGGCCAGCUGCUUGUUCUCUUCUUUCUCCUUCGUAAAUUGUAUGUCCGGGAAGACAGCAUUCAGACGUCCCUUGAAUGUUAGCAUUUAAUGCCGGUCGAUAAAGACGAAGAUAUUAUCCACAUACCGGGCCCAGAACUUCGGCCUGUGAUGUUGGAAGACCAGCGAGUCUAAUGGUUACAAGACCACCUCGGCGAUGAAUGCCAAAAUCAGUGAACCCAUUGGCCUGUCCUUUACCUUUUCGUAGAUUGGUCCGUCGAACGUGAAGUACGUCCUGAAACAGAACUUCAGGAGCUGAAGGACUUGGGCGUGUCCAAGACGAAUAUUCGUUUCAUCGUAUUUGCUUUGUAGAAGCAGCUAUGACGUAAAUGGUAAUGUUCUCACAAACUAACUAGUUAUAUCUCACGAGCCCUUAGCCUUAAAGGCAGCAAGUAAAACUGAGCACUGAAUAAUAUAGAGAUUCUAAACAUUAAGUAAGCUGACAACACAGCGCGACAACAAAGCAGGCCAGCAAGGCGGAUUGUAAAGGUGUGUUGUUUUUCGUCACAUUCGAACAAGUAAUCUGGGCAAAGAAAACGGGACUAAAUUGCCAAAGGUAAAUUAAUCCGAUGCCCCACCACAGCUCUAUUGUCUCGAUUGCUAGGUCCUGGGGAAUAGAAGUAAAAAGGGAUGUUUAUCGGGUCUGGUGCAGUUGCGGACAAAGCAACUACGUCGGAGAAACCGGAAGACUGCUCCAAGCGCGAAUGGUCGAGCACGCUGCAGCGGUGCUGACAAAUGACGCCUGCUCUCAAGUUGCGGCUCAUUCGACGGGUUUCGUCCACACAUUCAAAUUUGACGAAGCCGAAGUCCUCGCUAGAUGUGACAACGGCGUGAGCAGGGAGCUGAUUAAGUCAUGGUUUACUGACCCCUAGUUCAUUAACAAGAGCAAUGAUCUUCCCCUUCCAUACUCGAUGCUAAGACUUCGCCUAGGCGGAGUAAUUAGCCACGCGGGAAGCGCACAGGUGAACACUUUUCCCAACACCCGGGUCAACGCGUCAGAUGGUCGAGCAAUCAUCACGCCAACAUCCAACGCACGUGAUGAAAUUGCAGCAAUCGACGACGCGAAUGUUGGCCAUCAAACAGUCAGCACACCACGUGCACCGAUCCCUGAUGAAGGGGGAGUCAUGAAUAUGCAUAUGUAUGCGGUAGCAUGGCGACUGCAUCCUACAAAUACUGCAGCCCCUAGUGCAUGAACCAUCCGUAUCUGCUUAUGUCUCUGAUGAUGGGUUCGAGCAGGAAUCCCAAAUGUCAGGUCAAUAAAGCUCUUGUCCCAGCGAUCGUGUCUCCUUCUUCAUGGGUGAGUAAACUGUCCAGAUGCAGAUUACGUAGAUCUGGCCUCGAAAUGCAGAUCCCAAUCUGUUCCGUGUCUCUUGUUUGUGUUCUACUUAACUGUACCUGUGUUUCCCAAAUUGCGGACGUCUUUGAGUGCAGGCAGUUAUUGAAGAAGGGCAAAUAUUGCAUAUGCAAGCCCGCUGUGAAAAUAGAUCCCAGGGAAUCUUGUAGCACGAGAAGGGUGUUAAUAGUAGUUUUAUUAGUAGGGCAGAUAUGAACGCCAAUUAACGUAAUAUGCAGAAGGCACUGGGAAAAUUCGCAUUUCUGCCGGACGUUUGCUUUGUGAUUUCAAAUGAGGUGCCGAAACGGACCAUCCAAAUUAGGGGUGUGUAAACUGUGCACCUAUCGCUGCGAAAUUUCCACGCUGUACCUCGAACGAGGAUAUCUCAGAACGGAAUAGCGUUGAUCAGAACGCGGAAGGGUGCUGGUGUUUGGCUGAACAUCCUUUACACGGACUGAGUAAAUCAAACUCUAAAAACCACCAACUGCUUGUGUAGUGCGUACCUUUUCCUUCAUUUUCCGUGGUUGUAAGAAGGUAAUCAUGCCUCCUCCACAGGAUUUCUCUUACCCUCAUUUGAUACACACCUUUUGUGGAAAACCAUGCCAUCUUCAAUGCGCGUGCUUGAAGAAGCUGCCCAGAUGCAUUAUCAUAAAGAAACGUAGGAAUUCCCAAAUGCGUUUGUGAACUCAAACAGUUCCUUUGCUUGUUCGCAUGGUUGGAAGCUGGCUUGCUUUGAGUAAAUUUACACACGCGCUGCUUACUUAGAUGACUUUUGUUGGGUUCGACUGGAAAGAUGUUGAACCAGCAAACAUCACACUUUAUUGUGUGGGGCAGCUUGGGCUUAUGCGUCAUGUUAACCAGCAUAGGAUGGAUGACUUGCAACACUCAUUGACUAAAGAUCCGGGGUUUAAAUCUCGGGUGUUCCACACUUGAGGUUGGGUGUGACUGGCUGAUGACGGCUAAUAAGUCGAAAAUUUCCAUCCCAGGCUCCCUUGUCUUUGUCGUUACUACCUUACCUACAGGGACCUCCAUUUGGCACUUUAUUCGGUAAUUCAAGUGUCCUUGCACUCAAUUUUAGCAAGAUUAUGGCUAGUGUUAAGCUUAGGAGUAGGCCUAAGGCUUCGGUUAGGAUUAUGACGCUGGAUUAUUUACCAUUCCUGGAAAUUAUCACAAGGUCACCGUAUCUCUUGCCCUGUUUUUCUAAAUCCUAGGUUCUUGUUUCAUUGAUCUAGGCCCAGAUGUAAGGCCUGAUGGAAGAGUGAGGCAGCCGAGGAAACCAACAUUGUUUUUCUGACAUACCGACAGUUCGAGACGCAUCCCUCUAUCAUCAUAAUAUCAAUGAAAUAGGGGCCGCAGUUGUUAUGAUUUCGCCUGCCCAGCUGCCAGUCACCUUCCACAUUGCCUGCUGAUCGCGAUCUUCUGCGUGAUCAUAUAAACCAACUACUUUCUCCCUCUCUCUCGUCGUUGUCUGCUUUUCUGUCUACAUGGACCAACUGUGCUGCACAGGCGCUCCCUGUUUUUGUGUUUGGAAUUUCCGCAAGGACUGGUUCAAAUACUGAAGGUCCCAGGCAACUGUCCCCGUCGAGGCCGCUAGGGGACGAAGCCGAUCGGCAGAAAAAAAUUUUAUUUACCCGCGACUUCUGAAAUGUCCCCUGAGCCUACAUAAACAACCAUAAACUGGCAGCUGUGCAGUUCCUGCUUACAAUCAGUUCUUUUUGUCGUCUGUCCAAAAGCGGGGUCGCGGAAUCUGGUACAGGUUUUGUAAACCUGGCCUCGAUCUGCCGACCCCAGUCAGUCCCGUAUCUCUUGUUUGUAGUCUACCUAGAUGUAAUUGCGCUUGCGAAACCGUGGGCGUCUCUGGAUGCGGAGAGUUAUUGUGGAAGGCAAGGAUUGAAUAUGCACGCCCACGGAGAAUGUAGAGCACAGUGAAUUCCUUUAGUAGGGAAAGGAUGCUUGUAUUAGCCUCCAUCUGAACAAGUUGUGAAAACCACGCGGCCUACGACAGCAAGGAGAAGGCUUUAGUACAAUCAACGCACUAGCCACCUGAGCUACGAGGCCCACCGGGAGACGUGAUAUCAAUCCCACUUCGGUUAACGUACUCACCCCCGGCGGAACCCGGUGGGGCCUCACAGCCCAGAUGGCUAGGGCGUUGGCUGUACUAAAACCUUCCCCUUGCUAUCAUGGGUUCGAAUUUCACCGACGCGCCGAGUUUUUCACAGUUGGAUCAAUAUGAAUUAUUCAAACUCUGCCAAAAAUCUAUGAAUUACGUAAGCCUGGUAGUCAUCUGGUGGAUUCUAGAUGGAUUACUCAGAAAAACCUGCUUGGGCAGUCAGCUUACUGUAUCAGAUUUGGUGGAUUCCAGACGUUGCAGUAGGUUGGGCGGGUAACUUGACCCAAAUGUGAUUAAACUCGCGUCGUCCGGCGGGGCCUCGAAGCUCCAGUGGUUAAAGACUUGGCUGUACUAAAGCCCUCCCCUUGCUGUCGUGGGUUCAAAUCCUACCGAGACACCGAAUUUUCAGUGCCUCCGUAAUUGUGUUCGCAAACUGAUAACCGACUGUGGAUGUGCGGUAGACCUGGCCACCAUUUUGGACAGUCUAGUUGUGUUCUCGCAAUCUUGAUUCAAAUCAUCGCAAGAUUUUUCUUCAUGUAUAUGAAUUCGUGCAUAUAACCGAACUUGUCAAGCCUGAUUCCAACCAAUCCAAUCAAGGCUGAUCCGCCGAUUUCAGAAAUUAACUUUGGAAACCCCACGUAUACCAUAAAACCUAAGGGAUAGACUUAAAAACUCCAGCUGGGUAGCUGAACUAGCGAUAUAGGUGCUAUUCGCGCUAUAUUUGCGCAAAUUGAUCAGGCGCUCUUCGACAAGACCUACAGGGCAUUCGCUCGGCUCCAGGGCGUCCGUGGUUCAAGAGAGAUUAUCAACUGUGCAACGGGUCCAGGUGAAGGUACCGCAGGUGUUGAAGAAUACUGGCACUCUGUCAUAUGAAGCCGGUCCGGCUGGAUCAAAUAGGUUUCGUCCUGAUCCCAUGUGACUGGGUGGCUACCUCAUCCAGACCUACCAGACUGUUAGAUGCUGUGAGUGCGUCCUCCAAUUCGAGGACCCCUUUGGAAGGGAAAGUCUGCCUUGUCACCGCGGAGGACAUUCGAGGAGGCACCUUCUUGCAGAGAGCUUUUGGGGCCUGAACCGAACUCCCUGUGACGGUUGCGUUUUCAGACAUUGUCAAGGCAUGUAAACGCAGACUUGGUGAGAAACUACUGUGCAUGCAUGGCGGAAGCUUACGACUGUGUCCCACACAUAAAUGACUUCACAUAGUCCAGAUUUUCCGUCUUGAAAAUUAUUUUAUUUUGCUCUUUCGGAAAUGAAUGGGGAGCUAAAGGGCGGAAGUCACGUAGUAAAGUAACUGAAAGUGAGGAACGUGGCAGAAGAAAAGGGACUUUCAGAUUAACAUGCUCAUUUUGCUUCCUGUGAACUGUGCCACCUUUAUGACCCUGAAAACUGGCCAAUGAUUGGAACCGUCCUGUAUUCAGUUUUGCAAAUCAUUGAGCUACACGAAUGAAACAUGCGUUGUAAUCAUCUCAAGUGAUGGACUGUAAACUCGGUUGUCCAUGAAAGGAAAGAUGACUCUUAAGCAAUCAUAUCGAAUGAAAAUACAAUAGAUGGGCUAGCUCAUGAAAUGUCGACCGAAAUGACUACUCAAGUAGCAUGCAUUUUUCUCAUUGCUUUUCGAUAUCCUUAAAAAUUCAAUUAUAUUUCAUGGAAAACACGCAUAAAAAUAUUCAUUCUUUUCUCAUUCGGUAGAAAAUGACGUCUUCUUUCAAUUAUAUACUCGAAGGACUGUAUACUUCGAUUUUAAAAAAGUUUCUAACUGUACGAUUUUUUAAUACCGUGAAAUGGCCGCUCAUAAAACGUCAUGUCUCCGCAUUUACCAAAGUAGCUUGUAAAGUUAACAAUAUGGAUCAAAUUAAAUACUAAAUUUUCUGGACCCUACAUGACCUCCUCUUAAUACCGUAGCGAAAUAUAUGGUUUUCCGUACGCAGACAAUACAUGGCUUGUAGUGUGGGAACCCUUAAUGCAAGUGUAACGGUAAGUCGGGUUCAGAAUUAUUCAGGAAUUGAAAAAGUUUUUAUAAAACGAAGUAUACCCCUCCUUAGAGUAGAAAAUUGGAAGGAGGCGUAAUUUCUACCGAAUGAGCAAAAGCAUGAAUAUUUUUAUUCAUGUUUCCCAUGAAAUAUAACUGGAUUCUUCAGGGCAUCGAAGAUCAAUGAGAAAAAUGCAUGUCCCUUGAGUAGACACUUUUUACAGGGUCUGGUUUUCGCAUGCGGUCGUAAAGAAGUUCGAUUGAAAGCCGGUUUCCUGGGAUAACUGAAUUAUUGUAUAAUUAUGCUGCAGGAUGAUUAGCUUUACAACCCUACUUAAUUAAUCUUUUGGAAACUUAAACGUAUUUCGGAAUUUCGGUUGGCAUUUCAUGGGUUAGCUCACCUGCUGUAUAUAAGGUUUUUUGCCUCUUCUCCGACCAAAAGAGUUUCUAUUGUCCAGGUGUAGAUAAAAGAUUCUUCAGCUUUGGCUCUGGAUCCCCCGAAAGCGGUUCUGCAUAGGACUGAAAAUAGGUUCUUUCACAACUUCCCCCGGUUUCAUUAUCUCGUCAGUCGAGACUGUCAGACAGGGUUUUCAAAGGCAUUGCCUAUUAUCCUUAAAAUAUACUGACCUAUUAUAUGAGAGUGGGGUUCAUCGACCUGCCCUGACUAUCGGAUGGGAUUUUUAAUUCCCGUUUCGCCUAGGUAUUCUGGAUCUCAUUUGACAUUGAUGGGGGCAUAGCGAAUAGCAAUUAAUAAGUCAUAAAUGCUAUCUAAGAAGAAGAAGAAGAACACUGAGAGGAGGGAGACUUCACCGCCGAAAUAGGAAUUUUAUCCUGCUGAAGUUUCCGACUCACUUUGGAGUGCAACAUAAAAGGCACUGAGACAGACAUUUUUGACCGCUGUCAGUUAGAAGUAUAUAAAGUACCAGCGGAUGGCCAGAAAAAUGGGCGUUUACAGGGGCUGUGAGACGUUUAGCACAUAUUUUAGGACAGCGAUUUUAUGAAGAUCAUUGCGUGACAAGCAGACUCCCUGAGAAUGCCAACCAACAUAGCAUCCAGCGUAGCAAGUAGAGGGACGAAAAUGACGAAGAAGACCUGACUAUGAUAACACCAGAUGUCCUGAAGGACUGACUAGUGGUUCCGGCAAGUUAGCCCACCUUAUCUCUACCAUUCAGAAUACUCACGAAUGCAGGAAGUCACUAAGAAGGAAAACUGACAGGCAAGGAUUAAGUAUGUGGGCGGGGCAAGAAAAUGCCAACUGUUGUUUAAUUAAUUCAUCAUCGUGUUAACACUCCUGCCUUACUGACAGACUUGUGCAUUCCAUCUAACAGUAUUUCGAGUAUUCUUUAACUGCUUGAAUGCUCUUCGUGCCGAACUUUUUUGAAAACCGGGCUUCCCUCCAACUAAAGAAUUACGUGUGGGGGUGCGGAACAAUGAACCCACGUAGAUAUUUCCGCAGCACCAACUCCUCGGGGCGGUACAGGUGAACGAAAGGUCGACAAAAACUCUACGGAACAGCACCUACCUGUAAAAAUAUUAUACGCAGUUCUCCACGGUUUUCCUCACCCCACGCACAUACUUAACCCCUACCGACUGCCAAAUCCAUGUCACGACAGUUACGGACGCCCACAAUGACGGCCCGGUGCCAGGCGGAUCAAACAUCAAUACGGUGCAGCGAAACCCACUGUGUAGAGAUCCUUUAGUCAGAAUGCUUCCAGAUGUCAACCGUACCGACUAUUUACCUCAACCUGCUGUCUAAUCUUAACCUUCGUGUUUGUAAACAUGUGGGUAACUUAAAUAACGCCAGGCAUCCCCCCCGGUGUUUCGAGCAAACGACAUUCCUGCCACUCAAACAAUUUGACUGUGAACUGAUUCCAGAAGUGGCUACUUGUACAUGCCAUGUGAAGCUUGGCAACAGUGCUGUUUAUCUUAACCUUCUUCUGGUCCGCACGAUGGACCGGUAAUCACCGUUUACACCGUGAGUGCCCCAGGCUUGGACACCACAAUAAUCGCUUCCCCCCCCCCUCCCCACAUACACAAAGAGGCAGGCAGAAUCAAAUCUAGUUCUGGAUGACACUGGAAACGGCACUAAGUGGAAACACUCGGACUACUACGCUGUUACCAGAUGAACAAAGUUGGCUGGGCCCAGUUUACAAAACAGUUAACUUUAUGCCCUAAUUCGCUCCCAACCCGAUUUAACGGACACCCUAAAUACAACACUCUGUGCGUAUACUUGAACAGCAACAAAUUUGACAGAGCUGUUGUUCCAGAUUGAGAAAUUGAAAAUUAAAACUGGCAUUCGUAACAUAUGUCCUUCACUGAUAGGAGCAAAUGAACAUAUUCAUUUUGCAAUGGUACUUUGGCGCCUGUAUCGCAGUGAGAGUUAAAGUAUCGAUGAGUAAUGUAUACUUGUGGAAUUUGCCAAUAAAUACCCCUGCCUACCUAUGAUCUUAGUUGAGAAAGGAUCAAUGAACUUCCGCUCAUGUAAUUUUGAUUGUCUCAGAUCGCAGACAGAAAGAUCCAGGUCUGUGACUCAAGUGUCAGGACGUCUGACUCAAUCGCCCGAUGGUAAGCUGAUAAGGAUCACAAUCUCACGUAUUCCGAUCUGUGGUUGACAUCUGACUGUCUGGUGGUGGUGAAUAACCUAGGGAUGGCUACACUGGUCUUAAGGUUCUUCGUCACUAAGACUUUUCAAAUCUGGUGUUUUUUCCCGAAAUACAGCUCUCGGCAGCCUAUGUAACUACGUACGACAAACCAAAUACAUUUAAAGCAAGCAAGGACAGCAUAAUUUACUGGUACCACAAAAUUUCGCGACGGCUUCUCAACUGCUGCCGGUCGUUGCAUAACAGAAAUAACAAGUGAGAAAGGUACAAAUGUUUGAAUUUCGACAGAGAAAAUCGAUGUAAAACAGCAAGGUCAACGUGUACUGCGCGUAGACUAAUCGAUAAAAUGGUAACUUCAAAAUGCAGCAUAGGAAUGAAAAUGGGGAACUAGGCAUGCCGAGGGAUUUCGAAACUCAAAAGGGGCUCGGAUCUACCAGGGCAAGCUGAGGUUGACCACGCGGUCUAACUGUUUACAUAGGUCGGGUUUCUCCCGCCGUAUAUAGGCUGCCUCCAGGUAGCGCAAUAACCGAGUAGUUUGUGCUCGAACUAAUACUCGAAAAGACGUCUUAGGGUCAACCGAAUGACCACUAUCAAGGAGAUGUUUUGUAAUGGAAGACCGUGGAGUCUUGUUCUCCUGCUUUAGAAGCCAUUUAGGCAGGUGCUCAACUGCUCUGGCUGCCAGUUGCCUUUGCGUUCGCCCAAUGUACUUGCAUCCGCAACAAACACCAAUAAUUAAAGAACACAUGGCUGCCGUAGCUGCAUUGAAGCGGCAUGAACAAAUAGUAAUUUCCAAGCCUGAUAAAGGCCACGGGGUUGUCAUUCUUAACCGGACAGACUACGUAAACCAAAUGGGAUCCAUUUUAGACGAUCCUAGUAAAUUUCGUCUCGAAACGCAAGUGAAAGAUGAAACCAAGGCAGUGGAAGAAUCCGCCUGGAAAAUAAUUAAACAAAUGUUGGACAAAAAUCUAAUUGAUGAAAAAACCGUGCUAUCCUUGAAACCGAGGGGAACAUGUAUCCCCAGACUAUAUGGAUUGCCAAAGACGCAUAAAAAGGACAUACCUCUACGACCAAUUCUGUCUAUGUCUAAUUCACCCCAACAUAGACUAGCACAGUGGCUUGUCAAGGAAAUAGAGCCAAUACGACGCCUAUUUUCAACUUACACAAUAAAAGACAGUUUCCAGUUUAUUGAAGAAAUAAAGCAUCGGAACAUUUCCAACAACACUAUGAUAUCUUUGGACGUUGCAUCACUAUUCACAAAUGUACCACUGGAUGAGACUAUCGAUAGUAUAUGCGACCAUGCGUCUGAAACCCGCCUGUCCCCCGAAAUAUUACGUGACCUGUUGAAACUAUGCACGAAAAACGUUCAAUUUCUGUUCAAUGGACAGAUAUACAGACAAAUUGAUGGAGUGGCAAUGGGAAGUCCACUUGGUCCAACCCUUGCCGACAUUUUUAUGGGUCACCUAGAAGAAAAGUUCGCAGAAAAAUUGAACAGGAAAACAUUGUACAAAAGAUAUGUAGACGACAUUUUUGCUAUUGUUGAUAACGACGAUGAAGCCGAAGACCUACUUGUUGCCAUGAACAGUCUCCAUCUUAAGAUUACAUUCACAAUGGAGAAGGAGCAGUGCAACAAGCUCUCUUUCCUGGAUGUCCUCAUGACUAGACAGGAAGAUGGUUCAAUCGAAGUUCCACGGGCGAAGGAUGCCUUGCCAUUGCACGCCACGUCAAAUUGUGUUUACGAAUUUACAUGUACUUGUGGAUGCAAGUACAUUGGGCGAACGCAAAGGCAACUGGCAGCCAGAGCAGUUGAGCACCUGCCUAAAUGGCUUCUAAAGCAGGAGAACAAGACUCCACGGUCUUCCAUUACAAAACAUCUCCUUGAUAGUGGUCAUUCGGUUGACCCUAAGACGUCUUUUCGAGUAUUAGUUCGAGCACAAACUACUCGGUUAUUGCGCUACCUGGAGGCAGCCUAUAUACGGCGGGAGAAACCCGACCUAUGUAAACAGUUAGACCGCGUGGUCAACCUCAGCUUGCCCUGGUAGAUCCGAGCCCCUUUUGAGUUUCGAAAUCCCUCGGCAUGCCUAGUUCCCCAUUUUCAUUCCUAUGCUGCAUUUUGAAGUUACCAUUUUAUCGAUUAGUCUACGCGCAGUACACGUUGACCUUGCUGUUUUACAUCGAUUUUCUCUGUCGAAAUUCAAACAUUUGUACCUUUCUCACUUGUUAUUUCUGUUAUGCAACGACCGGCAGCAGUUGAGAAGCCGUCGCGAAAUUUUGUGGUACCAGUAAAUUAUGCUGUCCUUGCUUGCUUUAAAUUCAUUCCGGGGAAAUAUUCUUUCAAACCAAAUACAGACUGCUCAUGCAUAGCAGCCAUUAGUUAUCGCCAGUCACCCCUCGCACGCUGUUAAGUCGAUUUUGCGGCCCCAAAGAUAGUUUGGUGUCGGCAAGUUGGGUGGUUGCGAGGUCUUAUCACGUCCAACUGGUCUCCGUGAGACCACGUCCGGACAGGCGAGAGCCACGAAUGAUCAUAAACUGAACUCGUGAACACCUAGCAUACAUUGCCGAAUUCGGCACCGCAGCUGAAGCAUUUGAGCACGAGGUCGAAUACCCCGUUCAACAAGCUCAGGCUUCCGACAACUGGUCCAGAUUCGUCGGUUUCAUAUUUACAAAUGUGGACGGACCCUGAGGAGCCAAAUCGAUAUCACGACGAUUAGGAACGUCCAUGCGGGCAUUUCGCUGCUGACGCGGCCUGCCGGUCACUGUGAGGGUGGCCGUGAAAAUGCGGCAUCACUGGCGCAUCACUACCAGUCAGCCACCCAGACAGCGUGCAUCUACUGUCAAUCGGACUGAUUAUCACGUCCGAAUUUAGCCUUCCAAGUCCUUUGCACUGGUGCUCCCUGAAUUCCCUUCUGCUGAUUUUCGCAAGGAUGAAUUUGGUGGCGACCUAGAGGCUCAUUCCAUGGUAACACCGGUGUGUUUGUCGACCUCAUUCCGAGGAAGCACUCGCAAAAUAUGAGGUGUCUUCCGCUUGUCCAUAAUCUACCACUGCUGCUGCUGCAACUACUACUACUACUACUACUACUACAUAACUUCGGCCAUUGAAUUAGAAGUAGCUGCAAGAGACGGGAAGUGCAUACGGUUUGAGUCUUAUACUUUAUUGGAUAAAAAAGAGAUCUCGUCAUCUAAGGGUUUCUCAUGUGGACCAAAAUCGAAUUUUACUUUCAUACUGUUUCCCAUGCACGAAAACACGGAAAUAAGACGCCACCACUGCCUCAUCACGCUCAUAACGUCAAACAUCAGCCUUACAUGCCAGGAAUGAUGAGGCAAUGAGAUAGUCAACAUCCAUUGUAGAGGGCCAUCCUCGGAAUUUUGCAGUAAAAAGUCAUUUGUGGGGGCUCCGGCUGAACAGGCAUGGAGGACUGUCUUCGUUGAUGAUUCUGGCGGUGGUGGUGGUGGUGAUGCUCGUGGUGCUAGUGGCGGUGAUGAUGAUGAUGAUGAUGAUGAUGAUGAUGAUGAUGAUGAUGAUGAUGAUGAUGAUGAUGAUGACGGUGUUGGUGAUGGUGGUAGUUGGUGAUUGUGGUAGUGCUGGUUUGUUGUGGCGGCUAGCGUCUCAAACUGGCCACGUGGUAGAGGUGUUAGACCAAUACGGAGGCCAUAUCGGUUUCUGGCAGGUGUUAUCGGAAUUGCACACCAUAACAAAUGUCAACAUUUCGGGAUGUGGUGGCAGACCCGGUUGCCGACAGUCGUCGUUCACACUGGGACCCUGUCGCACCCCAUUGUUGCCUUCGUUGUUGUUGUUGGUUAAGAACCUGGUCAUUUGCUGUGUGCACCAGGCGGUGUGGAGCGGAACGCCAAGGUGGGACCUCGAGCGUUCCAUCCACCUGCGCCCUCCCACCCCACCUCCGGUCUUUUUGACUCUAUCUUGACAUCGGGCUUAGAGGGGGAGAAGAGAAGCGUGCGGUAAGUGCUGCGCAAGUCUACAUCCGCUAUAAACUAUAUCACGCACAAGUCGCCAUGUCUGCCCUUACCGUGUUGUGGAGCACACGGUGGACAUCGUCGACAAUGACGGUCGAACUAUCGUGUAUCGUGGCGAUGGCUGUGGUGGUGGUGGUGUUGGUGGUGGUGGUGGUGGUGAUGGUGGCGGCGGCGGCGGCGGCUGUGCUUGCGGCAGUUGUGAUGUUGGUGUUGACGGCGGUGUUGGUGCUGUAGGUGGUGGCGGUGGCGAUGGUAGUGGUGGUGGUGGUGGGUGA